CCAACUUGAAGUUCUGGAUGUUGUGUAUGUUAAUUGUGUGAUGCCCUCUUUAUCCGACCAGAUCGACCAUCUGGCUUCCCUCUCCAAAUCCAUUAAAGCCAGUGCUGAUGGGUUUCCCACCUCGAAUGGGCUCUUCACAACAGCUGUUCUUAACACUGCUCUAGGUGAUCUGAUCCGUGAUAUCGACUCAUCUGAAAUCGGUCUCUUCACAUUAGUCCACCCACCGUCUCAUGUACCAACCGAGUCUGAAGCAAGGGGUAUCAUAUCACGUGUAGAAUUCCCUGGAGCUACGCCUCUGAAGAAACCACCUUCUCGAAGGCAGGAGAUGACAAAGCCCAGAGAGUAUGAGCCAGAAGUAUAUGCGCAGGCUGCAUUAAAGUACUUGGAUCGUUAUCACUCAAUUCGCCCAAUGCCCCGCGCCCGAUCCCAGAUACAGGAACUUAUAAACCGGCUAGAUGAGACGCGACGGAAUAUCAGAAAUCUUAGUGAAACACUACAGCAGCUAACAAGUAUCGAUCCCGCAUCAGACCCAAGCUCGCAGGAAUCCACUGCAGCAGACGAGGAACGACGCAUACAAGAUCUCCAGGCUCGUCUUACCGAACUGCGUAAACAGAAAGAUGAUAUCAUUCGCACCUCCAAUCCUGCUCCCAAGUCUAAACCCGCUCCGAGACUGGCUAGAGUUCCCUCGCCUCUGACUGUACCCGAGGCUCAGGAAGAAAUGUUCUGGAACACGCCUGCCACAUCUGCGCGGACGCUUCGCUUCACCGAAAAGCUCAUAGAUGAGGAAGUGGACAUCAACGACGUGUCAGUUAUGUCCUUCACGAGCCCGGUCCCUCGGCCCCGGUCCGUAUUGUCGUCACUAGGUCUUCCCGUGGACGAUGAUUCCCUAGAUAACGGAGAACCAGAUAUUGAGCAAGACGAUUCUAUAAUAUCAGAUGCAUCAGACAAGCUUGAGGAAGAACCCUCAGGCAGUGAGCUGGAAGUGGAUGAUGGAGAUGGAGACGGAGACGGAGAACCAACCAUGGUUCUUAAGAAGCUGCCUUCAUCGUUAACACUGAAUCCCACACCGCCAGAAGAUACUACGCCUCCUGAAACACCGUUGCCUACAAAUUCAGAGUUGCAGACUCAUGCUGCAGGACCUCCUGAAUCCGCCAGAAAACCAAAAGUGCGCAUGAAUGUGGAGAUCGAAAAGAUUGUGCUGAAGAUAUGGAGCACUAUGGGCGAGAUCAUCAUGCCGGGCCAUCCUUUCGACCCCACAGGAUCAAUGUCAGGCAGAAGCAAACCUCCGAGGGCAAAGGAAACUCUUGCCCAUCUCGAAUCGCUCUCCUCCCAGACCCCUUCACCUACAUCCCCAACUGCAUCCUCAUUUUCAUCGCUCGCGCCGUCUAUGAUCACUGGCGAGCCCACCUCGCAACAGAUCACAACCUGUCAACUUUUACUCACUCUACUAAAACAGCCUAGCUGCUCGAUGUCGCUCAAUAAGCUUAAGGAAGCGCUGGCGGAAGGUGAACACAGUAGCGCGGGUGGCACGCGAGCGAUCUAUGCCUGUGUGGCAAAGAAGUUGAUCAAGAUUGAGCGAGGGAGCGGGGAGCAGGUCGUCAAGUUUGACGUUUGAUUGCUUCCAGCUGCUGCCUUCAUUUGAUGUAGUGUGAUGUAAGCACUCAAAUAUGCAUUGUAAACGGAAAGAAGAAUAGUCUUGAAGGCCGAAUAUUCGGCAAUGUUUACCAUGUACUGGCAAUGUUGUUGAUAUGAUGAUCACCGUGUUGAUAUCAAUCAAAAUGAAUUACUUAUAUGAAGCCUUGUUA